UAGACCUUGGGUUUCUGAACAGACUCUACUCUUCCCCUCUUCACUGACAGCAACAUCACUUUACAAGAAUACUAUAAUACUGUGGAUACUUGAAGGUUCAGUUUGGGAACCAAUCCAGAGCGUACAGGUUGGAGGACUUAUUGGAAUUAAGCCUACGAAGAAAAUGCCCUCACAAUGUGAAGUGCUGAACCAAAAUAUUCUCCACCUCCAACAAGCUUCUCGAGAAAGUGAACAAAACAGUGCUGCUCCCAGAGAUCAACAUGCAAGCUAUGGGAAGUUGGUCUCUGUUCCUUGUCUAUCUUCUGUCUUGCCUGCUUCAUUACAAUCCCUUACUGGCUUUUUCACUUAAAAACUGUACGUUGGCCCAUUCUGAAAAUGCAAAACGUCUGUGGGUUACUUGCACAGCUCGAGACCUCACUGCUAUUCCCGAUGACAUUCCCAGAAAUGCGACAUCACUGGAUCUCAGCUCAAAUCAAAUUUUAAACAUCAACCGGACAGAUUUAAGAUGUUUAUCAAAGCUCAUUGAUGUACUACUUCAAUAUAAUCUGAUUUCACACAUUGAUGAUGGAGCUUUUGCAGACUUGGUAGAAUUAAGGUUCCUUAUUAUGGAUGACAAUGAACUAACAAACCUGACAGACAACAUGUUUCAGGGGCUGUCCAAAUUAGUCUUCCUGUCUCUGUACAACAACAAAAUCUCAUUUAUCUCCCCUGUAUCCUUUGAGUCCCUGGUCAGCAUAGAGACAGUAUAUCUGGGUGCCAAUCUGCUACAACAAAUUACAGACAUUGCUCCAAUCUUAAAACUAUCAACUUUAAAGGGUUUGUAUCUUGCGUAUAACAAGUUUGACUCUUUUCAAUCAGACGACCUGCCUUUAAACGUCUCAAACCUCGAGGUACUGCAGCUAAGUAUGAACCCACUGAGAAAGUUCAGCAUUACUACAGAUAUAUUUCCUUAUCUGGUCUCUCUCGACUUGUCUAAGUGUAGCUGUGACAUUGAGUGGGAUGUAGCAAACAAGAUGUUUCUGAGGAGCCUAACUAGUUUGUUCUUUAGUGGAAUGUAUAUUAGCUUUGAGACGUACAGAGCGAUACUGCAGACCGCUGACUCACUACAAAAACUUUCGCUGUUGAUGAUGGAGAAGCCGAUAGUUGAAGGUCUCAUAGACGUCGCCUGCCGAAUUCCUUCUCUCAGAUCUCUAGAUGUAGAGGUUUGCAAAAUUGGUACCAUGGACGAUGACAUGCUGAGGUCUUGUUCUCUGCUCAAUAAUCUCACUUUGUCCCAUAAUGACCUGUCCAAGUUGUCCGAGCAUUCGUUCAGAUCAAUGACACAGCUCAGGCUUCUGGCACUGGACGGUAACCACUUGUCUAAACUGCCACUCGCGCUCCGAGGACUCUCCACACUGGAAAUCUUGGAUCUAAGCUCCAACUUCAUCAGUGAGCUUGACUGCCUCGACUUCCUGAAUUUGACAAGAUUAACAAACCUUAAUCUCAACCACAAUCGUAUUUCAAAACUUCAAGGCUGUGUUUUUCAAAACUUAAUCAACUUGGAAGUCCUCGAUAUUGGAGAAAAUGCUUUUUUCACUUUUGACAAGACCUUCAGCGUUAACUUGUGGAAACUAGAAUCUUUGAAUUUGCACAACAAUGGCCCCUUACAGCUCAUGCAAGGAGACUUUAGGAAUCUGUCUUCCCUCAGGGUUUUGGAUUUAGAGUCAGACCAACAUCACAAUGUGAAUGACGGGGCUUUCGAAGGACUCGAUAAUCUCCAAACUCUUAGUCUUUCUCUUAGUAAUUUCCUAAAGGAGGUUUUCAGAGGAUUACCACAAUUAGCAAAUCUGACACUACAUCUUACUUUUAACUGGAAUCAGAAGAGUUCUCAACAAAAUGACGAGCCACCUUUCUUAAAGUUAACCAAUUUGAAGAAGCUUGUGCUUAAAGUUUACGACACAUUUAUAACUGAGAUUUCAUCAGAUCUGCUCAAGGGUCUGAUAUCUUUAGAGUACCUCAUGACUGAGAGAUUUUUCAUGAAGUCUUUGCACCCAGACACGUUUAAAUACACUCCCCAACUGAAGGGUCUUCAGAUAAUCCACAGUGAUCUGUCAGAUUUAACCCCUGAACUGUUCUGGCCAAUCCCAAACCUGCAGACGCUCGACCUCUCCAACAAUAAAUUCAGGUCUUUAGAUUUCCUGGCCAGGGCCAACCUGCGGGCUCUCAGCUGGCUGAAACUCAGUGAGAAUGCAUUGUCCAUCAUCAAUGAGACAGUCUUUCAGUCCCUCCCGGCCUUGACAUAUCUGGACCUGACUGAUAACCCUCUGACAUGCGAAUGCUCUAAUUCUGGUUUUAACCAAUGGGUGCAGAGCACCAACCAGACACAGGUUGUUAAUGGCCACCAGUAUACUUGUGCCUUUCCUGUGAGCCAACAGGGAAAUAUGUUCCUGGACUUUGACAUUGAAUCCUGUUGGAUAGACGCCGGCUUCCUCUGCUUCAUUUCUAGCGCUAGUCUCACUGUGCUCACUCUCCUCACAACAUUCAUCUACCACUUCAUGAGGUGGCACCUAGUCUACGCCUACUACCUCUUCCUGGCCUUCCUCUAUGAUAAGAAGAGGGGAAAGAAGGGCACUCGUCACCACUAUGAUGCUUUUGUGUCCUACAACGUUCACGAUGAGGCCUGGGUCUACAGAGAGAUGCUUCCAGUGCUGGAAGGAGAGCAAGGCUGGAGGCUGUGUCUGCACCACAGAGACUUCGAACCAGGUAAGCCCAUCGUAGAAAACAUUACAGACGCAAUCUAUGGCAGCAGGAAGACCAUCUGUGUGAUCAGCCGGCACUACCUGCAGAGUGAGUGGUGCUCCAGAGAGAUCCAGAUGGCCAGCUACCGUCUGUUUGACGAGCAGAAGGAUGUGUUGAUCCUGCUGUUUUUGGAGCACAUCCCCCCCCAGCAGCUGUCUGCGUACUACCAAAUGAGGAGUCUGGUGAAGAAACGCACUUACCUGAGCUGGCCGCAAGCCGUUCAACACACUGGAGUCUUCUGGCAGAGCUUACAGCGAGCUCUGAGUUCAGAUGAAAGUGCCACUGAGCACACACCCCUCCUCAAUGGACACCUAAGCUCUAUUCACUGAGAUUUUCUUUUACAACCAGAAAUGAGGGGAAAUUAAUCAUUAGUUGAUUUUGAAAUCCGAAAAUUACAAAAUAAGAAUGUCCUUAAGAGCAGAUUUAAAUUUAAAAGGGAAUUUAUUGGGGAACGUUCUACCUGUAAAGGUAAUUUAUUCAUAGUCAUAGUCAUAGUUUAGUCAUUUGGAGUAAAACACAGCCUGUACAAACUAUAUACUAUAUAUACUAUAAUACUGUUUUCUGCGGCUUUGGAGGAGCUUUCAAGACAAGACAUCACCCAGGUAUCUGGGCUUUGAGAUUACAAAUUUUCAAAUCCUGCAUUACAAACUGGGGUGUACUGUACUUAAGUACAAUAUUGAGGUACUUGUGCAUGUACUGCUACUUUAUACUCCUACUUCACUAAAAUAAUUUUGGGAUUUUUACCCUGCUACUUUCAUUUUACCGCUUAUUUUUCAAAUGGAGAUUUUACCUAAAACAAAAUAUGAUAUGGUUAUAAAUUAAGAACCAGCAGGUAGUUACUGAUUUCUAACACAUACUAAUAGUUUGUAUUGAGUUGAUGUUUACUUUUUUAAAUCAUAAACCUCUUUAUUGUUUUUCAUUGUCCUAAAACAAACAAAAAAAAUUGUAAUGAAGCAGCUAUGAAACUGUAUUAUAAUUCUUUUGAGUUUAACAGUUUAGACACACAAUAUGAUAUCAACAGUAUUACUAAUACUGCCAUUUCUAAUCAAAUGGGAUGCUAACUGUAAUACACACACUUGUAUUAUGGCUGAACUUUUCACAAAAGCUCACUGCUGGUUACCUGGAAACUGUUGCUGUCUGUCACUGCCACCUGAGGGCUGUUUGUUUGUCAAAGAGAGAGAACCAUUUUGCAUCUACAACACAUAAAUUAUCUGACAUUUUGAGCUUUUGUAUCCACUAAUAGGUCUGCUGAAUAAACUACAAUGAGGAACCUUUAAGGACCACAUUUCUCAGGCGAGUGGGACAAGAAAACAGUGAAAUCUUUUAUCUUAAAGAGCAUUCGAAAUUAUAAUACAGCCGUGAGCGGCAAUGAUCGGGAUCCAAGCAAGUUGCGAAAAAAACAACAUUUGAAAUUUUCAGAGGAGAAGAACAGACGCAGACAAUUUAAGAGAUUAAAGUGAUGAAAGAAAUGCAAACUUGAUUUUUACGGCAUCACCUUGAGUGUCACUAUAUGUACCUGACUACUGGUGAAAUGUUCGACCCACCUGCGACAUUUUGUGUUUCAAAGAUUUAAAGUUUAAGCUGCACAAACACUUUUAGGCAGAGAAAAAUCAGAAGAAAUUGUCAAGGGAUCCAAAUAAUAUAGAGAACUUAAACCAACUAUGAUCUGAACACCCCUUAUUGUCAGCAAGUCUGGCUCAGUCACCUGGGGAUUUGAACCCUGGCACUUCAGAUCGCCAGUGUAGGUGACUUACUGACUAAGCUACUGGUGAGAGGCUAUUUUCACAAACCUUCUCCCAAGUCAAGGUAGUGACAUCAGUUUAAACUUGAAAAGCUUAUAACUGUCAUAAUGUUGGUGAGAAAAUUCUGAUAAAA